UGGUGGGGGUGGGGUCACUCGCUGUUUCCUCUUUGUUUUUUUUCUUUGACCUUUCCCCCGGAAGUGGAGCAGCUGCUCUGCUGUUAGCCGCUCCGGACUCUCGAUCGUCUUUACCGUCAGAACCGGAACCUGCGACCGAACCGGAGGGACCAUGGAGCCCGUCCCCGCUGCACCGGCUGAGGAGUUCGCCGGCAUUCAGGUGAAAACGGAGCCGGAGGGCGACGUGGAGAUCCGCUCGUACCCGAUCCUCAGGAAGUUGUCGGUCAAGCUGAGUGACUGCAGGGUGUGGCUGGAGGGGCGGGACUUCCUGUCUUUGGGUGAUCACCCCGAGCUCAGCGAACGGAGGCAGCGGCAGCAGCAGGCCACCAACACGGGGAGGAAGAUGGUGUAUUGCCACGAGUGUAACAAGGGCUUCUACAAGAAGUCCCACCUGGAGGCUCACCUGCGGGUCCACCGGGGCCAGAAGCCCAACGAGUGCUGGCAGUGCGGCAAGACCUACCCGACCCUGAUGAGCCUGGUUGUCCAUCAGCAGGUCCACGACCGCACGGCGCCCUACCAGUGCUCCUACUGCGACAAGACCUUUGCUCUGAAGAGGGACUGGAAGACCCACCACCGGACGCACUCGGGCACCAAACCCUUUAAGUGCUGGUUCUGCGGGGACGGCUUCGGAGAGCAGGACGAGCUCAGCGAGCACCUGGAGCUUCACAGCGGCGAGAAGUGCUACCACUGCACCGUCUGUGAUAAGAUGUUCAUAUCCUACCAGGGCUUCAACUUCCACCGCAAGUCCCACAAGAGCCGGAAGCUGCUGCCAUGCCCCAAGUGCAACAAGACCUUCAGCAACCCUCAGAGCCUGAAGCUGCACCAGGUGACCCACUCCAACAGGAAACCGCACAAGUGCCCCACCUGCGGCAAAGCCUUCAAGCUGCUGAGCGGCAUGCGAUGCCACCAGCGCACCCACGAGGAUCUGAAGGCCUACCACUGCACUGAGUGCGGCAAGUGCUUCUCCAGCCUGCAGGGCUUGAAGCUGCACGACCGCACGCACACCGGACUCAAGCCCUACAAGUGCUCCGAGUGCGGCAAGCGGUUCACGCAGUCGCCCCAUCUCAAGGCGCACAUGGUGACCCACACCGGUGAGCGGCCCUUCCUCUGCACCACCUGUGGGAAACGGUUCACGCAGUCAUCCCACCUGAGGUCCCACAUCACGCUGUUCCACGUGGGCGAGAAGCCGUUCACCUGCAAUGACUGCGGGAAGAGCUUCACCAUCGCUCACUACCUGAAGGUGCACCGGCGCACGCACACCAAGGAGAAGCUGUACCAGUGCUCGUACUGCCAGAAGUCCUUCUCUUACCACAACUCGUGGAGGGCGCACGAGAGGAUUCACACCGGCGAGCGGCCCUUCACCUGCCAGGACUGCGGCCAGAGCUUCAUCACGUCUGGCUCACUGGUCAGCCACCAGCGCUCCAAGCACACUGGCGAGAAGAGCCACUACUGCAUCACCUGUGGCGAGUUCUUUUUCACAAGCUCCAUGCUGCGUGUUCAUCAGCUCGACCACACCGGCGAGCGGCCGCACGUCUGCAGCUGCGGCAAGACCUUCAAGACCCGAGGUGUUCUGCGCUACCACCUAAAGAGGUUCACCGACCACCGGCCCGCUGAGUGAGGGGAGGGGCCUUUCAACACUACCCUGACAUGUUUUAUAUGUUAAUCACCGCCUGAGUUUCAGCAGGAGCUUCUCCAACCGCAACAUGUCUUCUUCAUGGUGGUCCUCAACCAACCAAUGAUCUCACAGAGCAGCAGCGCUACCAUACUGUGCUGUUCUGACGUGAACUUUGACUCUAUGGACAUGAAUGCUGCUGAGAAGCCACUCUAGUCUCCUGACUGUUAGCGCAGACCGUUAGCACGCAGUGUUGGGAAGGUUACUUUUAAGUGUGUCCCACUACAGAUUACAGAAUACAUGCCCCAAAAUGUAUUUUGUAACGUUUUCCUUUACGUUACUCAAUGAGAGUAACUAUUCUGAAUACUUUGGAUUACUUCACAUAUUAUCAUGCUUUUUCUAACUACAUGAAUGUACUAUUGCUGUGUGAUUUAUUACUUUUACUGAAGGUUACCUGCCAUACCAACUACAUGUUUAAACCUUAGUAUAAAUGAGUAACAGUAGGUGGACUUUAGGUAAGGCUGCACUUUUUGCAACAUAUGACUGUAUCAGUCAUGUUUUGUUUCUGUCUGCUAACCUCAGCUAACGCCAGCUAACAGUGUUAGCUCGGUGGUGAGUAGCCUUCAGUAAUAGCAACAGUACAUCACAGAUACUGAAGUGGCACAUGACCCAGGUAGCUACCACAGCUAAAACAAGCUAGCUGCAGUCGGCUAAUGUUAGUUGUUAAACAGAACGUACUUCCAGAUGUUUCUUUAGGUUGGAGUCUUUGACGCUGAGAGCAGCUCGGUUGCUGACAAACAGAGUUUGCAUUGCACGCUCAGAUUUCAUCCCUCUCUCAUUUAAAUGUGGUUUCAGACUUUCCUAGUAAGAAAUGCAUUCCUGCCCGUGCACUGCUGGCUCUGCUGUGCUGGCUCCGGGUCCCACCAACAUUAACAGGACGCUGACAUUAGAGAGGGCAUAGCCUAACAUAUGAAACUGGAAAAGACCAGAUACACGUUUGUAUUUUAAAUACAUAACACAGGUACAUAUAUUCUGUUUCAGCCCAACACUGUUGGCGCUGACCGUUGGCGUUGCUGAGACCGUGGCGCUCUAAACCCAGCAGGCUUCCAAAGAAUCAGCCAUGAUGUUUGUGCAUUACGCUCUUGGUGACACCGUGUUUUUAGCGGUGUGCAUCAUGUCAUUACCAAUAAAGUUUGACCUGCAGCUUCA